GACGAGGGAUGCCCUGCGAUUGUUCAAGUUGCAAAAGGAAAGUGGCAGCAGGAUUGAAAGAUCCAAACGAAGAACCAAAGGUUCGUUGGGCGCCGAGGAUGCCCUCGCACAGUCCACUGCGACAACGCGACGAACUUCGUCGGAGCGAGUCGCCACUUCCAGGGCCUUCGGGAGCGCAUAGAGAAGGAGGCAGACGCCAUUCGAGAAUUCGCGUCAAGAAGCGGAUGCGAGUUUGCAUUCACACCGCCUCGGGCUCCGCACAUGGGCGGGCUUUGGGAGGCAGGUGUGAAAACUGCAAAGCACCUACUCCUACGAGCGGUGGGCAGCGCGCUCCUAACCGCAGAAGAGCUGGAGACGGUGCUCGUCGGGAUCGAGGCGGCGAUGAACUCCCGGCCGCUAGGCGCGCUAUCCAACGAUCCCAGCGACGGAGAAGCGCUAACACCAGGGCACCUGCUGACAGGCGGGCCGCUAUUCCCCAUCCCAGCACUCCGGACCCCGGACCAGGCGGGUCUCAGUUGCUUGCGGCGAUGGCAACUUGUCUC